AUGGCAUUAUACUAUGAUGAAAUUCUUGCUGGCAAUUGUUUUGGUCAAAUAAAUGUUACACCACCUCCUCCUCCUGCAAAAUUAAAUAGUACUAAUGAAAUAGAUAAAAAACAAUUAUUAAAUCUUUCAAAUCAAUUUACAUCAACUAUUGAAGAAUUAUUUUAUUUAGCUCGAAAAUUUCUAAAAGAAAAUAAAGAAAUUCAAUUAAAAUAUGGUGAUAAUAUUCGUUUAAUUGCUUUAUCAAAACAAGCAAAAAUAGGUAAAUGGAAUUCAACAUAUACACAAGAUGUUGGAUUUCUUGAUGUUGUUGGUAAUGAUCGAAAACAAGCAUGGAUUGCAUUAGGAGAUAUGUCAAAAGAACAAGCUAUGGAAGAAUAUGUUAAAUUAUUAUUAGAUCGUUGUUCUAUGUUUCGAACUUAUUUAGAAACACAACAUAUGAAAAAUCAAGACAAAGAUCAAUUAACAAAUGACUAUGAAACUUAUCGUAGAUUAGAACAGGAAGCUGAACGAGUAAGACAAUACGAAUUAGAACAAGUAUUACGUUUAGAAAAACAAAAGAAAAAACGAGAAGAUCUUCAACGAAAACAAAUCCAAGUAGUACUUAAUCAACAAACAUAUUUACAAUUUAAAGCUUACGCUGAACAACAAUAUAGAGAUAAUCGAUUAGCACAAGAAGAAUUAAUACGUCAAUUACAAGAACAACAUUUUCAAAAAUAUAUGCAACAAAUUUAUCAACAACAAUUAAUUGAUCAACAACUGCGAACUAAACCAAAUAUGGAACAACAAUUAGAGAAUGUUAUAUCAACACCACCAAACAUAUUACCAACAAAUAAUGUAGUCUCACCCAAUAUAGUAACAACAUCAUCACCAACAAAUGAAAUUCCACCAUCAAUACCAACAAAUAUAGAUCAAUCAACAGUUUCAUUUAGUCAAACUAUACCUUUACAAUCUAUUCCUGAAAUUCCACCACUUGGUCCUGCACCAACCCAACUUCCGCCAUUAAUUCACCCUCCACCUCAAUCGGUUGUAAAUACUUUAGUACAAGAUAUAAAAACCGAACCAAACAUACCUAUUCAAACACAAUUUGAAACAUUUCAUCUUGAUAUACCAUUAGAAUCAAUUCCAUCUGUUAUUCCACAAUUAUCUAUUAGUAAUAAUGAUUUAACAGAACAACAACAACAACAAUUAUCAUCAGUAGAAAAUAAUAAUCAAUUAAAUACUUCACAAGAAUUAAACGAUGAAAAUGUAAUUAUAUCAUCAUCAACAAUUGAUUCAAAUGCAACAAUAAAUUCAAAUAAUGAAUCAUCACUUGUUUCUGAACAAGAUAAACCAGAACUACCAAUUAUUGCACCGGCAAAUAUGUGGACACGUAAAGAUAUUAAAGAAUUUAAAGAUCAAAUACGUAAAGAAAAAGAUGCUGUUAUUAAAAUUGGUAGUGGUGAAACAGUUACGGUUCGAGUUCCAACACAUGAAGAUGGUCAAUGUAUAUUUUGGGAAUUUGCUACGGAUUAUUAUGAUCUUGGUUUUGGUGUUUAUUUUGAAUGGACUAAAGCAGAAUCCAAUACUGUUACGGUUCAUGUAAGUGAUUCAAGUGAUGAAGAUGAAGAAAAUGAAGACGCCGAAAAGAAAGAUAUUGAAAAAGGUAGUGGUAGUACAAAUAAACCACCAAAACCACGACAAAACGAAAUUGUUCCUAUCUAUCGACGUGAUUGUCAUGAAGAAGUUUAUGCUGGUAGUCAUUCAUAUCCUGGACAUGGUGUUUAUUUACUUAAAUUUGACAAUAGUUAUUCAUUAUGGCGUUCAAAAACACUUUAUUAUCGUGUAUAUUAUUCAAAAUAA